AUGUCAUCAUCUUCAUCAUCCGAUUCGACGACAGUAGAAGAGGCUAAGUUUAUCGGUUCCGUCAUGGCGAAAACGGUUACGUACUAUCAAAACCGACUUGGUGAAACAUCACGUGCACGACCUAACCUAAGAAAGUCGUCGUUACGUAGAAAUCACGAAGCCGGACACGAUCGUCUUAUAGAAUAUUAUUUUGCAGAUGACACCGUCUACGCUGUAAAGUUUCGACGUCGGUUCCGGAUGAGGAAGAAACUAUUUUUACAUAUUGUUGGCGAUUUGGAAGGUCGCUUUCCAUAUUUCCAAUGGAAAAUGGAUGCAAGGGGAAAAAGGUUUCUCUCCCAUUCAAAAAUGCACAGUUUCGAUUCGUCAGCUAGCAUACAGCAUGGGCGCAGACAAAUGGGACCAUACAUGAGAGGCGACCGCAAAGAGCCGACGAUAAUUCUAGAGGCUAUCGCAUCACAUGAUCUUUGGAUAUGGCAUGCAUUCUUUCGUCCAGCUGGUGCAAACAAUGACAUCAACGUGCUAGACCAGUCGCCUGUAUUCAACGAUAUCUACCUUGCAAAGUCACACGAUGUACCUUUUCAAGCAAAUGGGGUAGCAUAUAAGCGUGGAUAA